UUCAACUGUCAUGUUUUACUUCAAUAAUCUAUGUUACAAUCUUCAUGGUCCGGUAAGGGUCGCGGAGGAGAUUUUCUGUCACGCGAGGAUUUAUUUUACUGUGGCCACCACUAUCACGGUUAUUCUUUUACACUAGAAAAAUAAUCGGUUUAAAUAUCUAAACUACAUAUAUUUCAUUGUCAUUUCGCAAGGCCGGUUCAAAUAUUGGAAACAGCAAUUGGACAAAAAAUAAGUAGUUAAAAACGUUCGUUAAGGAUCAGUGCGGGUGAACUUAAAGAACACCAAGAGCAAAUAAACCGCGCUUUACAAUUAACAAACCAGGUGUAACUACCAUUCAGAAGUCACAGACUAUAGUUAAGUUUACAACCAGUGACAUUUGCAAAAUAAAACGUUCACUAUGAAUUGGCGGAGGAUAAAGUUUCCUAUAUUUUUAAUAUGUUUCCAAGUGUUGUUUUUGCUGUUGUUCGCGGUGCUCGGGGAAUAUGGCGAGGAUGCACGACCCAAGAUGCCGGGAGACAGCGCUGCCUCCGUGAAGCUCUACCCAUAUUUCCAGGAUGUUCACGUGAUGAUCUUCAUCGGUUUCGGGUUCCUGAUGACGUUCCUCAAGCGUUACGGUUUCGGCGCAGUCUCCAUCAACCUGCUUAUAGCCGCCUUCGUUAUUCAGUGGGCGUUUAUCGUACGGGGCAUUAUACACAGCGUUGCCCACGGUCAUGGGCACGCUAAGUUCCCAAUAUACCUUGGAGAGAUGCUGUCAGCUGAUUUCGCAGCUGCUACCGUAUUGAUCUCAUUCGGAGCCGUCCUUGGUAAAGCCAGUCCCAUCCAACUUAUCGUUAUGGCUUUAAUAGAAGUGGUGCUCGCGCAAAUCAACGAGUGGAUUGGGCUAGAUAUAUUCGGGGCGGUAGAUAUCGGUGAAUCUAUGUAUAUCCAUGCAUUCGGGGCGUACUUCGGUCUGGCGGUGGCCCGGGUGCUGUACAAUGACAAAUACGACGAGGCCCGGUCAGAGGGCUCCGUAUACCACUCGGACAUUUUUUCCAUGAUCGGAACGGUGUUUCUAUGGAUUUUCUGGCCGAGUUUUAACGGCGGGGCAGCUGACGGGGACGAACAACAGAGGGCGCUGAUCAACACCUACUUGUCCCUCGCCGCCUGUACGGUGGUCACAUUCGCUCUGUCACAACUCGUGGACAAGAGGGGAAAAUUAAAUAUGGUACACGUGCAGAACGCGACUCUUGCGGGCGGUGUGGCUUUAGGGACGUCUGCCAACAUGCCCCUGCAGCCCUGGGUAGCCAUGCUAAUAGGAUGUAUCGCCGGAACAAUCUCUGUCGUAGGAUACCAGUAUUUGACGCCAGUGCUUCACAGCAAACUGAAAAUUCACGACACUUGCGGUGUGAACAACCUGCACGGGAUGCCGGGGAUCCUGGCGGGCCUCGUUGGUGCCAUCAUGGCCGCCAUGGCCUCCACGGACGGCUGGGGAGAGAGCGUGUACGAGAUAUUCCCUCUAAUGAUUCCGAUGGAAAAUUCGACCGAGUACGCAUCAGCGGUGGCUAAUUUUAGCGUUACAGCUCCGGGGCCGGGACGGUCCAGCACCACACAGGGAGGGUACCAGAUGCUCGCCCUCGUUAUCACACUUGUCAUCGCAAUAGUGGGCGGAGCUCUCACAGGUCUCCUGCUUAGAAUGCCAUGCUUUGACAACGUGGAUGGAAAGCAAAUGUUUGAUGACAGGGAGUUCUUCAUUGUCGAGGGGCAGGGGUUCCCUAGCAACGAGGAAGAAGCCAUUGAGGAGGGCAACGACACGAAACUGCGCAUGCUCAGCGACUAGAUACUUAACUCAUUAUGAUCUUUAAAUGACCAACACUAUGCAUAUGAAUAAGUCUGCAAUCUGACUCGAUACAAAACUACGCGUUAAAGUCGGAAAUGACUUCCUAAACUCCUUAUCAUCAACAACGAAACAAAACGACUUCUUUACAACCAAUGAUCCGCAACGAAACGGAAAUGGUCAACAAACCAAUGACUAUAGCUAUGCAAUAAUUUACUCCUCAUAUAAAUGAUAAACAGCUACAUAAGAAUCUUUAUUCUGAAUUUUUAAAAACUCAAACAUGUCGGAAACGAACUCUGUAACUCCGUAUCAUCAACAAAAAAGAUGAUCGACGUCAUUUCGGAAUCGAACCAUUACUCCAUAUCUUUUAAUUGACUUUAACCGAUUAUUAUGUUAACAGACUUGUGCGUGGUAAUUUGUAGUAUGAUAAAUAUUUUACCUUUUACGGUCAUGAAAUAUAUGUUACAUUUAUAUAUAAUAGUUCAUUUAUCUAGCAUAUCAUGUAUUUAAUACUCAUUUAAAAACAGUUCACAAUUAUCUUGCCAUUAUGAAAUCAUCUUUAAACUUCGAAACAAAUCGUUAGCUUCUUUUUUAAUUAUUUGUUUGAAUGAUUUCAGUUGGGUUUUUUGAGAAAAAGUGUAUGUUAAGUACAAGCAUUUAUCUGAAAAAUUACAUACAUAUGAACCCGAAUAUAUGUGUAUCCAUUACUGCAUUUAUAUAUAUACAUGUAUACAUGUGAAGUGACAAUCGUAACAUUAUGUAUUAUUCAUGUAAUCAAAAUUGACUGUAUUUGACUCGUAUUUUAUACAAUGAAAAUAAUAAAAACAAA